AUGUCGACAACUCCUAUAACCAAAGAUAGUGCUAUACUUAUCGUUGGAGCUGGUACGUUUGGGCUUUCCACUGCCCUUGAUCUGGCCAGAAGAGGCUUCUCCAACGUUACCUGCUUCGACAAAUACGAGUGUCCUUCACCAAUUGCCGCUGGAAAUGACUCCAAUAAGAUGGUAGAGUACGAGUACUAUGCACCAGAAGAGACUCCACACCCAGGCGAUAGGAUGAGGCUAGAAUCACUGGAGCUAUGGAAAACGGACCCCAUCUUCAACCCUCACUACCAUCCAGUUGGAUUUAUCUAUGCUGCAAGCUCCAAGGCCACUCUUGAUGAAAAAACCGAGAGAGUUCAGCAUUUGUUGAAGCAUGAGUAUAGAGAUUACGAGUAUCUUGACACGCCUGAAAAAUUCAAAAAGCACAUUCCUGUGCUCACUGGUGACCUACCCGGUUGGAGAGGUUACUUUUUGAACCAGGACGAUGGAUGGCUUGAGGCUAGAAAUGCUUUUGUGUCCACAUUCCGCGAGUGCAAAAGACUUGGAGUAAAAUUCACAUUUGGAGCUGAUGGCGAUAUUGGUGGUUUGCUCGAAGAAGAAGGAAACGCCCUUGGUAUUGUUACUAAGAAUGGGAAGCAGUUCAGAGGGGAUAGAAUUGUCAUCACCGCAGGCGCGAACGCUAUUUCUGUUCUCGAUUUCAAAGAUCAAAUUCAAGCCAAAUGUUUUACUUUGGCACACAUUAAAGUUACUGAGGAAGAAGCCGAGAAAUUCAAGGGGUUACCUGUGAUGUUCAAUUUUGAGAAAGGAUUCUUUUUCGAGGCUGAUGAAAACCUCGAGAUCAAAAUUUGCAACGAGUUCCCAGGUUACACAAACCUCGACUCAGAGGGCCGUUCCGUUCCUUUUUUCACAGAAGAAAUUCCAGUUGAAGCGGAGGAAGGUGUUCGUCAGUAUCUUAGGGAGACAAUCCCCGAAUUUGCUGAUAGAGAAUUUGUCAAAACCAGAAGUUGCUGGUGUACAGACUCUCCUAACAGAGAGCUUAUCUUAUCGGAGCAUCCAGACUAUAGCAAUGUGAUUCUCGGAACAGGGGACUCUGGAAAAUCUUUCAUGUUAAUGCCUGUUAUUGGCAAAUACAUAAGCAGGCUAGUUGAAGCGGGUACCGCUGGACUUACCGAAAAAGAUGCUCAGUUCUGGAAAUGGCGCCCAGAAACCGCCGGGGAUAGAGAUGACCAACAGGCCCGAUACGGUGGGUCUGGAGUCGUGACGGAUAUCAAGACGAUCGCUGAUUGGGUAUCCGCCAGCAAUCCAAAACCCCACACUAUUUUUUAA